AGUGGCUGCAGGAACUGUCAGGGUGAGGUAGGUAACAUCCCAGAACCGAAUGGAGUAAUUAUCGCGGUACAUUUCUUGAAAACCAACCCACCACAUUCAUUAUAACACUGUAAACAGUGUAAACCUCCAACGAAGCCAUGACAGAGGACCCGAGUGCUCAAACUUGGUCCAUCAACAAGGACGAUUAUGUGCUCAACGAGGUGAUUGGGAGUGGUGCCACGGCUGUGGUGCAGGCGGCCUACUGUGAGCCCAGGAAGGAGAGGGUGGCCAUUAAACGCAUCAACCUGGAGAAGUGUCAGACCAGUAUGGACGAGCUCCUGAAAGAGAUCCAGGCUAUGUCCCAGUGCCACCACCCCAACAUCGUGUCCUACUACACAUCCUUCGUAGUGAAGGACGAGCUGUGGCUGGUGAUGAGGCUACUCAGUGGUGGCUCAGUACUGGACAUCAUUAAACACAUCAUAUCUCGUGGGGAGCAUAAGUCUGGGGUGCUGGAUGAGUCGUCCAUAGCCACCAUCCUUAAAGAGGUCCUGGGAGGACUGGAGUACCUGCAUAAGAAUGGGCAGAUUCACAGGGAUCUGAAGGCUGGUAAUAUUCUUCUCGGGGAUGAUGGCUCUGUGCAAAUCGCAGACUUUGGUGUGAGUGCCUUCUUAGCAGCGGGAGGAGAUAUGACCAGAACUAAGGUCAGAAAGACAUUUGUUGGAACGCCAUGUUGGAUGGCCCCAGAGGUCAUGGAGCAGGUCAGAGGUUAUGACUACAAAGCAGAUAUCUGGAGUUUCGGGAUCACAGCCAUCGAGCUAGCUACAGGCGCUGCCCCAUAUCAUAAAUAUCCGCCCAUGAAGGUGCUCAUGCUGACCCUGCAGAAUGACCCUCCCUGCUUGGAGACGGGCAUCCAGGACAAGGAGAUGGUGAAGAAGUAUGGCAAGUCCUUCAGGAAGAUGAUCUCACUCUGUCUACAGAAGGAGCCUGAGAAAAGACCGACUGCUGCUGAGCUGCUAAAGCAUAAAUUCUUCACUAAAGCAAAGAAUAAUGAAUACUUGGAAGAGAAGCUCCUUCAGAAAGGUCCAUCGAUAGGAGACAGAUCCAAAAGGGUGCGCCGUGUGCCUGGUUCCAGUGGUCGUCUCCACAAGACAGAAGACGGGGAGUGGGAGUGGAGUGAUGAUGAGCUGGAUAUGGAGAGUGAGGAGGGCCAGGCAGCCGUGGCAGCUCUAAGGUCUCCCAGAGUGAAAGAUGGAUCCAUCGAGAUCUUCCCUCCAGAGGAUGGUUCUCCCAGUCUGCUCCGUCCAGUAGGGGCAGGGCACGACAAGCCAGCUGAGGACAUCCUUACCCAGGGGGACGCUGUGGCCCAGGACCCUGCCACCACCAAAGUCCCCAUCAGCCUGGUGUUGAGGUUGAGGAACUUGAAGAAAGAACUGAACGACAUCCGAUUUGAGUUCAUGCCUGGUAGAGAUUCAUCAGAUGGAGUGUCUCAGGAGUUGGUAUCCGCAGGUCUAGUUGAUGGGAAAGACGUGGUGGUUGUUGCUGCCAACCUGCAGAAGAUUGUUGAUGAUCCUUUCAACAAUAAAAAUGUAACUUUCAAAUUGGCAUCUGGCAUAGACGAGUCGGAGAUCCCUGACGAUGUCAAGCUGAUGGGUUUCGCUCAGCUCAGCAUCAGUUAACUCAAUAUUCCGUCCACAAAGGAGAACAAACAGUAUUGCACAGCGGCAUAGUUCUAAAUUCCAAGACACCACUACUGCCAAAGAAGAGAGCCACAGUGCAUUUGUCAACCUGUAGGGUUAUUUACUGAAACCUGCAGUGUUAGUUAAAAUGGGCUCUGAGAAUGGGACCAGUGUAACAAAAAGACAACAGUGAACAGGAACAGGAAAGCACACUUGAAAGCGAUUACAGCAGUGUAUCUGGACGGCGGGCAUCGCAAUCGACAUAAACAUCCACUUAAACAUGAAAUGAACGUUUCUUAUUUCGUUUUCUACAUUUAGCUCUACAAUCCAAAACAUAUUUUAAUAUGACUCUCUUGAGUUCUGGAAGUGAUAACUUACAGUGUAUUCAGACCCCUUGACCCUUUUCCACAUGUUGUUACAGCUUUAUUAUAGAAUGGAUUAAAUAAAACAUCCUCAAAUCUACACACAAUACCUCAUAAUGACAAUGUGAAAACAGGGGUUUAGACAUUGUUGCACGUAUAUUAAAAAUAAAAAAACAAAUACCUCAGACAGGAUUGUGUCGAGGCACAGAUCUAGUGAAGGGUAAAAAAAAAUGUCUGCAGCAUUGAAGGUCCCUAAGAACACAGUGGCCUCCAUUCAUAAAUGAGAGACGUGUGGAACCACCCAGACUCUUCCUAGAGCUGACUGCCUGGCCAAACUGAGCAGUCGGGGGAGAAGGGCCUUGGUCAGGGAGGUGACCAAGAAUCCGAUGGUCACUCUGACAGAGCUCCAGAGUUCCUCUGUGGAGAUGGGAGAACCUUCCAGAAGGACAACCAUCUCUGCAGAAUUCCACCAAUCAGGCCUUUAUGGUAGAGUGGCCAGAUGGAAGCAACUCCUCAAUAAAAGGCACAUGACAGCCCACUUGAAGUUUGCUAAAAGGCACCUAAAGACUCUCAGACCAUGAGAAACAAGUUUAAUGAAAUCAAGAUUGAACUCUUUGGCCUGAAUGCCAAGUGUAAUUUCUGGAGGAAACCUAGCACCAUCCCUACAGUGAAGCAUGGAGGUAGCAGCAUCAUGCUGUGAUGUUUUUCAGCAGUAGGAACUGGGAGAGUUGUCAGGAUUGAGGGAAAUAUGAACGGAGCAAAGUACAGAGAGAUCCUUGAUGAAAACCUGCUCCAGAGCACUCAGGACCUCAGACUGAGGCGAAGGUUCACCUUCCAACAGGACAACCCCACUAAGCACACAGCUGUAGUAGCUGAGAUCCGGAACACUCUGGAGCAGGUUCUCAUCAAGGAUCUCUCUGUACUUUGCCCCGAGUGGCUUCGAGAUAAGUCUCAAUGUUGUUGAGUGGGCCAGCCAGAGCUCGGACUUGAACCAGAUCGAACAUCUCUGGAGAGACCUGAAAAGGGCUAUGCAGCAACGCUCCCCAUCCAACCUGCCUGUGCUUGAGAGGAUAUGUAGAGAAGAAUGGGACAAACUCCCCAAAUACAGGUGUGCUAAGGUUGUAGCUUCAUACCCAAGAAGACUGCUGUAAUUGCUGCCAAAGAUGAUUUAACAAAGUACUGAGUAAAGGGUCUGAAUAUAAAGUACUGUGUAAAGGGUCUGAGUACUUAUGGAAAUGUACUGUUUAUGUGUUUUUUUUAAUGUAUAUAAAUUAGUAACAUUUUCUAAAAUCCUGUUUUUGCUUUGUCAUUUCUGGGGUACUGUGUGCAGAUUGAUGAGGAACCAAAGUAAUUUAAUACUUUUUAGAAUGAGGCUGUAACCUAAGAAAAUGUGGAAAAAGUCAAGGGGUCUGAAUACUGUUCGAAGGCACCGUAAAUGCCUGUUUAUAAACUGCCACUGAACCAGUGCACAACUGAGUGUUGUUUGUAACAGCCAACACUAUUAGGCAUCCUUGUACUGUUAUCUGAAUUAUAUAAUCUGCCUCCCCAAUGGCCACCUUAUUCCCUAUAUUGCGCACAUUUUUGAGCAGGGCCCUGUUCAAAAGUAGUGCACUAUGUAGGGGAGGGGUGCCAUUUCGAAUGCAGACUUAGUAUAUAAGUGUGAAGGAGUUAGUUAUUUAGUGAGGCUCUAUUAUGGAUGUAUUAAGUAUGGAUUUGUAAAAGCAUGAGUGAAUGGCUGAUGAAAAGUGACUUCCCUUGAUAACAUUAUUGAUAUUGAACUAUAGGUGCCUCCAGUCAUGAAUCAGAAAUAACUUGCAUCAUAGUGUUUAUCAUUACAUACGCUGACAUGCGCUUUCUUAGGUGUCAAAUGCUUUCCUUGGUCUAUCUGUUGACAUAAGCUCUCAUAGGUGUUUUAAAAGUUGACAUUAACUGUCAUAAGUUAUCUUCCCUGUUUCAACCUCUCAUUGGUGUAUCAUUAUGUUGAUAUAAGCUGUUGUGUUAGUGGUUCAACUUACCCCAGACAGACCUAUAUCAUUGCUUUAACGAGGAAGGGGUCUGUUCAGAAGGCAGCAAUAUUACAGGACAUAAUGAAAAGUUUGGAUAGAUAUGUAUUGUGUAGAACAGAUAGGAUUGCAUGUCGUAUAGAUUUGGGAAUUGGGUCUGUUCUAUUGAUUACAUUUCAGUCGAUUAUCCAGAGUUAAUACUCAGACAGUAAAACGAUAAGUUCCUUCGAUCGUGAUUAUGGUCUUGGGACUAUGUCUCUGUUAUGUUCAUGACCAGCGAUUCAGUAGUUACAGGACCUCUGUACUCCCGCUAGCUACCUAGCUACCGAGCUGUCAUCAUGAUGGCUGUUUCUUUUUCCUAGAUGGACAAAUUCAUUUGUAUCGUAGCCUUGUGCUCCAAUCCAUCCACACUCACCUCAAAGUCACCAACAGUUGUCACUCCUACUUUACGUUCUAUGGUUGGUUGGUUGGUUGGUUGGUAUGUGUGUUUCUGUAGUGUUCCAGGGGCUGUGUGUGUGGGUUAGCUAGUUCAGGUACUGUUGUAAAUCGGUCUAUUUAGCAGAUAUUGUAUUUCCAAAAAGGUACGUUACAUUAUAAUGGCAAGUCUUUUACACACGCUCCCAAAGGUGUGUAUGUGAUUAGGAAGCAAAGCAGAGUAUCAACUGUUUCUGGAGUACAUUUCUAAGGAGGAAAGAAUGCUCUUUAGUUGUACAUAUGAUUGUGGCAGAAAAACAGCUGAUAUACUUGAUCAGUAGCUCAUUCAGUAUCUCUACAGGUUUAAAUAAUUGGUUGUUUUAUAGAUUUUUCCACUAAUUCCAAGUUUUGUUGCUAAUCAUGCCACGUGAUUUGCUGAAUUGGUACCUUAUUAUUGAUAUUAACGUACAUGUUUGAGUUCAGAAAGGCUCGUCUUCUAGUUCACAUUCUAUGCUUUUGUUGUCAUGGAGAUAGUAAUAUGCAAUUUGUGUUUUGUUUUUUCCAUUGGGACUUUUUUAAUCACUGAAACCUGUAGAAUUUUGAGUUUCCUGUAGAAAUACAAACUGGAAUGAUGUCCCUCCAAGAAAUGUAAAAGUAGGCCUAGCUAACUAACAACAAAAUGACACAGAACUGACACAAUUCCCACUGGUGUGAUGUUGCUUUCAGACCGAUGUUGAAGAAUGUUACACCGUGUGUCAGUCUGUUUGUGCCAACUCCCUGUUACUCAUUGUCUUGCCAAACAAUACAAUUGGCAUUGGCAAGAGCAUAAGCAUAUCUUGGACACCCAGGCUAGAAGAAUGUGUGCGCUGAUAGCAAAAUGUCCUGGGUUUUCAUCUAUUUUCCCUCAAUUAUAAAGCCAAUGUUGUCAGGUAGAUAUUGGUCACAAGGCGAACUCUUUGAAUGAUUAGUAUUUAUUAUGACACUUCUGAUUGCUUUAACUUUUUUGAUUUUGUUAUUUUUAUUUGUUGGAAGUUUUUUUUAAUGUUUGUUGGAACGCAUAUAUAUUUUCAACAUUAUGUGUAUCAUAAAACGUGCAAGUGAUCAAAAUUGAAAAAUGCUAUUUGUGAAACUUUAGCAUUAAAUGACAAAUUGAUGUCAGGAAUUAUAAUCACUUUGCAGAAUCAAUGUUGUUAAUGUGUGGUUAAAAUUGCCAUCACACAAAAACAUGAAAAUAAUUCUGGUCAACUAUUUCUAAGAUAGGUUAAAAGGUAAAUAAAUUCACAUGGUUUGAACCAAG